AACAUUGUGAUAUGCAAUUAUGAAUAAUCAUUUUCAGACAUCCACAAACGUGAUAGUAAUUGUCAAGUUAGGCUGUCAAGUACCACUGGAGCAGAACUGAACAAACCUAACAAACCUGGCAACCCCGGCUGCCGGUCUGGUGUAUAGUUACAUAGAGGAAGAUGGUGGACUUCGUGACAGCAGCGUGCUCAAAACUCCGUCCUAAACACUUUGAAAACUCCUCUCUGUCUCAACCUGGUGUUAGAUAUAGAUUACCCGUGAACAACCACAGAUAAUAGUCGGUGAGAACCUUGGAGGAAAUUGACUUUUCCUCCCCAGACAACUCGAUUUCUCAGUGGAAAGAGGGCGGAGAGUUGCGGAACGUGGUGGCGGUUGGUGUUGGAGAAGGACGCUAGUAGUUGCCUUUAGCUUAAGUGUCAACACAAGUGUGAACCGGCAUUUUCUGGAGUUUUUCCACCCAUAUAACCCACGGAGGUCACCCUGCGGUGGCUGCUGUCUCCUCCAUAUCAGCUGUGUAAAAUCUGUGAGGAGCGGACGGUGCAGUUGGACUGAAAGUAGGCUAACUUCAGCUAGCCAAUUCCAGCUAGCUUUGUUGUGAACUGGUGGAUCGAAGCGCUGCUCGAAAUGCCACGGAGUAAAAAGGGGAAACGUGGCUCCGGUAAAUCGGGCUCUCUACGUCAGGAGGUUCUUCAGCUGCAGCUGUCGGCUAAAACACCUCUGAAAGGUGUUAAAAAUGGGGUGAAAGGGGAGUCCGGUGCCAGUGAUGAUGAGCUGACAUCUGAUAUACUUAGCCACUGCAGCAGUGCCAGUGAAACGGCUUCGGUUUUGGAGGAUGUCACAGCAGGUGAGCAGGUGGAUGAGCUGACUGCCCAAGAAGAAACGGAAGACAAACUCAAACAGUGUAUAGACAACCUGAUGGAUAAAAGUGCUAAGACUCGUCUCGCUGCCCUCGAGUCGUUGCGUCAGGCCUUCUCCUCCAAAGUGCUGUACGAAUUUCUCACAGAGAGACGCCUCACCAUCAGUGACUGCUUGGAAAGAAGCAUUAAAAAAGGCAGUGGAGAGGAGCAGGCGGCAGCGGCUUCAGUCUUUGCGCUGCUCUGUAUCCAGCUGGGCAGUGGGGACGAGGCAGAAGAGGGCUUCAAGAUGCUUCGUCCCUUUCUCACUGCCAUCCUCAAUGACAACGGUGCCAGCAUAGUAGCCCGUCAGAGUUGUGCCAGAGCUCUGGGGAUGUGCUGUUAUGUGUCUGCUGCUGAAGACGGAGAGGACUUGAUCAAGUCCCUGGCUCUUCUGGAGAGCAUAUUCAUGUCUUCCUACCCCAACAGAGAGGGGGCGCUGCCCACACCUAAACCUGGGAGUGCAGGCCUUCACAGCGCUGCACUGCAGGCCUGGUCACUGCUGGUCACACUCUGUCCCGCAUCCAGACUGACUGUGCUGCUUGACAUUCACCUCCCCAAACUUCAGGCGUGUCUAGAGAGCGUUGACGUCAACUAUAGGAUCGCAGUGGGAGAGACGAUCGCCCUGCUCGUGGAGCUGGGCCGAGAAAUAGACGAGGGAUUUCAGGUGGAGGACAGUGAAGGUCUGUGUGAGUGUCUGAAGAGUUUAGCGACCGACGGCAACAAACACCGAGCCAAGAACGACCGGAGGAAACAGCGCUCCAUCUUCAGAGAGGUGCUACAUUAUAUAGAGAGCGAGGACUUCACAGAGGAGAAGAUCAGGUUCGGAGUGGAGAGCGUUUACAUCGACGGCUGGAUGAGGAGAAGAAUCUAUGACGCGUUCAAAGAGAUCCUGGAGUCUGGAGUCAGACACCACCUACAGUUCAACCCACUAGUGAGAGACAUCUUUGGCCUCGGCGCCCCCCUCAUCUUAGACGCGACUAUCAAAGCCAACAAAAUCUCCAGGUUUGAAAAGCAUCUUUUUAACUCGGCUGCUUUCAAGGCCAGGACAAAACAAAGGAGCAAAGUCAGGGACAAGCGGGCUGACGUGAUGUGAGACUGGAGGGUCAAGGGGACGUGAAGGGAUAAAUAAAAGGAGGGAAUCUGUGGGCCGUGCUGAGAUGGAUACAAAAAUGAUGCCUUCAAUGCUUCAGCUGUCUCUCUCACACACACACACACACAGAGACACACAGACACACACUCACUCUGCAGAUCCAUAACAGGCCACUAUUGUAAUUGGGAACAAUUUUGUUGUUUUUUUUUGCAGAAAAUGGGGUUAAUUAUUUCUGACAGUAUUUUCCACAGUGAAAAUUUUAAACCACUGCUAAAUGUAUUUUAUGAAGGGAAACAGAAUAAUCAUGUUAAAAUAAAAUAAAAUAAAAUACAGAGUAUUACAUCUCACUGCAAGAGUCAAACAUUUAAAAACAUUCACUGAAAACCUCUUUGGUGCUGAUGUUUAUUGUUGUCGCUCCACCCACUCCCCUCGUUGUGUUUUCACACGUCAGUCAAACGGGUCUCGGUUUAUCUUUGAAAACCAAAAAAAAAAAAAAGGAACCACAGAAAUGUCCUUAAACCUUCCACCCACGUUACAUCCCGCCUUUACACACAGACUCACUACUUCAGCUGCCAAACCACAAAACUUGACAAAGAAAAAUGUGUGCGAGUGUGUUUUUAUUUGAGUUUAUUUAAUCUCAUUAAAUAAUAAUUAUAAAAAAACAACUACAUGAUGCUAAUUAAAUGGAAUGAAAUCAUUGAGUUAAUAUUGUCAUCUUUUUAUGCAUCGUUCUGAGAGGAAUAAUACAUUUGAAUUGUAUUUUACUUUCUAAUUUAUUAAAAGAACAAUGUCAUUUUUAAGGGAAAUAACUGUUUACAUACAAUUAUGGGAAGAAGAUAUGAAGGGUUUUCCCCCCCACUGUGGGGAAGUAUGUACUUGAAUCAUUGAAACCAUCCGAGCUGCUGAUCAGAGGUUUGUGGCGUUUUCAUCGUCAGUUUCACUCACAGCAGCUACCCAGAUAUUCCUGAUUUACCAACUGUUGAGUUUCUAUAUUACAGCCUCACGUAAUGGUCUUAUCAGCAGCUCUGGUGUCCGGGCACAAGGAAUCAAGUGAAAUAAUAAUAAAGAGUGUGUGACCACUUUU